AAUCAAAUAAUAUGACCUCCUACAGGACGUUGGUCGAUCAUGGCCAACCGAUAAUUGUGGGUGGCAGUGAAAUAUCCCUUGCCUCAUCCUCAGCAGCUAAUUCACCAAAAGCUUUGCAUCGGAUGAUCAAAUAUUGGCGUAAUAGUUCCGGAAAAAUCCCAGGUCUACGAAAGAGUGAAAGUUUCGCCGAGUAUCGACGACAUUCAUCGAACUCGAUGACAAUUGGUUCGGGAGGCAGAUUGAGCACUUCGAGUGCCAGGCAAUUGCAAUAUCAACGCCUUGAGAUGGAAAGCUGCGAAAAUAUUGAUUUGCUGACAGCAACUACAAGACGUCAGCACGCCUUUAUGGCCAACACACAAAAGCAGCCGACCGGCAGCGGCGGCGGAGGAAGUGGCGGUGGCAGCGUCACCCACAGUCCGGAACGCCUGCGCGGAGGAGCCACCCAGGAUCUGUUUGAGCUACUGGAGCGUGUGCAGUGCUCGCGACUCGAUGACCAGCGCUGCGUCCUGCCCGCGUACUUCUCUCAGAACCACCAUCGUGGCAGCAACGCCAGCGAGGAGCGCGUGCCACAGCCCCACUCGCCCCACGACAGUCACGCCCAUCCGCACAACGGUGGACUGCAGCAUUCGGGCUCCCGGGCAACGCUCCGCCACUCGAUGAACCACUCGAGCACCUCGACAGUGUCCGGCUCCGCCUGCAGCUCUACGCCCGCCUCCCCGCAACUGAGUGGCGUGGUGAGCGCCUCCGGGGGCCAGAUGCUGUCCAAUGGACACCACUACCAGUCCCAGUCAUCGGUCAGCUCCAACUCCUCCAUUGUCUCGGCCAUUCCCGCCUCGCAGAGACUGCUGGAGGAGGCGCUGGCCAAGUCAGCUCCCUAUCCGAUGAUCCUGCUGCCGCAGCUGGGCGGAUACUGGCUGGAUGGUACCGAGCACGAGUGCGGAUAUGAUGCCCGGGGUAAUCCUUUGCUACCACAAACCACCUGGAUGGCCAAAUUCGAGACGGAUGACACGGCCAAAUGCUAUCGGAGAUUUUAUGCCGCCAGGGAGCACUCGAAUCUGGUGGGACAGGAUGAGCAACUGGGACCGGUCUUGAUAUCCAUCAAGACGGAGAAUGUGGCCAAUCAGGAGCAUAUGCGCAUCCUACUCCGACUGAGGACAGGAACGAUGCAUGAGCUUAUCCCGGUCUCAUGCCUGGGCGCCCAGCCCAGUCCCCUGAAGAUGGUGCGGCUGCUGAACGAGCAGAUCCAGGUGGAUCACUUUAUGCCGGUGCUGUGCCCCAAGGCCUCGCAGCUAAUCAGCGUUUACGAUGAACAUGUCCUCGUUUCACACUUCAAGUUUGGAGUGCUCUACCAAAGAUAUGGACAGACCACCGAAGAGGAGCUGUUCGGCAACCAGAUGACCUCGCCGGCCUUUGACGAGUUCUUGGAUGUCCUUGGUCAGAGGAUACGCCUUAAGGAUCAUAAGGGUUACAGGGGUGGCUUGGAUAUCCAGAAUGGACACACUGGCGAUACAGCUGUCUAUGAGGUUUUCAAGGAGCGGGAGGUCAUGUUCCAUGUCUCAACCCUGCUCCCACACACUGAGGGUGACCCACAGCAGCUGCAACGGAAGCGGCACAUUGGCAAUGACAUCGUGGCCAUCGUUUUCCAGGAGACCAACACUCCCUUCUCGCCGGACAUGAUUGCCAGCCACUUCCUGCAUGCCUUUAUUGUGGUGCAGCCCAUUGAGCCGAAUACCCCUCACACCCGGUACAAGGUCAGCGUUACGGCCCGCGACGAUGUACCCUUCUUUGGACCCACACUCCCCAACCCGGCCGUCUUCCGGAAGGGACAGGAGUUCAAGGAGUUUAUUCUCACCAAGCUGAUCAAUGCGGAGAAUGCCUGCUACAAGGCCGAGAAGUUCGCCAAGCUGGAGCAGCGCACAAGGACCUCGUUGCUUCAGAAUUUGGUGGAAGAGCUGCGCGAGAAGACCCGUGACUUUUUGGGUGCCGAUCUCUCCCAGACUUCUGCCGGCAGUCCCACCCCAGAGACCCCGAAAGCGGAAAGUGGCAGCGGAGGUAAUGCCGGCUCACGGUUCAUAGACACGGUGAAGAAGGCCCUAAUCAUGCGAGUGAGAUCACAGAGCGUGGAUACCGGAAAUGGACAUGGACCCGGGCAGACGGAUAAGUUUAGUGUAAACACCAAACUGGGCACUCUGAAUGCCAAGAAGGAGGCGCAUCCCGAAAUGCAGACACCCAAUUUGAAUACCUGCAGUCGUACAGCCUCAAAAUCUUCAUCUAAAUCCAAAUCCUCAAACGAGUCCACCUCCUCAUCGCCGGACAUCACCUCUCGCCAGGCGAACAACAACAACAUCAACAGCAACUCCAACUCCAAUGGAGGACUUUUGGCCCAAAACGGAUCUGGAGGAGGCGUGGCCGCUGCGGUAGCGAGUGCCGCCCAAAAUGGAGUCGUGGCGGUGGCCACCAUGUCCGAGACGAGCGAUGACUCCAGCCUGAACAGCGUGGAUCUGGACCCAAUGAUGGCCAAUUACAUGGACAGUGACACGGGACUGGAGAGCAUGAGUUCUGCGGAGGCCACCACCAAGGCCUGCUCCCUGUGCUUGGACGGUGUCCAGUCCACCAUGUUGGGCAGCUCGCCCAGCAAUGAGACGAUAAUGAAGAUUGAGAAUCUGCGCCAAGAGGUCACGCGGUUGAAGUGUGACAAGCUGGAUUUACUCAGGCAGAAUGUGACCUGUCAGCGGGACAUUAAGCGUCUUAGGGAGCGGGAACUGUCACUGCAGGGUGAUCUGUCGGCAGCCGGCAGGGAGAUCCUGCGGCUGCGGGAUCUUCUCAAGGAAUACAUGCCGGAUACAGCAGCAGCUCCGCUCUCCAUAUCGCCUAUCUAAGCGUCAAACGCUGUCCUUGGACGAGGCAGGAGGCGGAGGUGUCUGCUGGAGGUAAAGGGAGUAACCACUGUGCCGUGUAUAACACUUUGGAGGAGUCGUUCGUUUGGCGAGUUGAUUUGCAGACAGUGGCGUAGCCCCGAAGAGAGAUGAACCCCAAACAAAAUGGAAAACAAACAAAAACUGUAUUAUAUUUAGUUUACGUAGCUGUUAGAUGUGAAGAUCUAUAGAGAUUGGAUAGGUGGCAGCAGGCAUGCGCAUAUUGACAAGUUAUUAUAUAUAAACAACAUACAAAACAGUUACAAACUAAACUAACGAAUACAAAACAAAACAAAAAACAAAGCGAUAAAACAGCUAAAGCAAAACAGAACACAAAACUCAAAAAAGUACACCAAAUAUAUAAUAUAAGUCUUUAAGCAUA